UCUUGUUUAUUUGUUUUUAAUUUCUUUAUUUUAAUUUUUAGAUGUUUCCUCUCCCACGCCCUAUUACAUUUCAAAUCGACACAGAAUCUACUAGAUAUUCACUUUCAAAUGCUAGACUUUAUUCUUCUCAACGUCAUUAUUCUCUUGCUAUUCUUAAUUACAUUGCAGUUCUUAAAUCUCUCCCAACAGAAAAUCGUUUAAAAUAUUUGGAAGAAUUUUUAGUUACACUUCAAGCAUUUCUUCAUCGUGAAGCGAAUGAGACUAAUACAAAUGAUGUUUUACGUGUGGCAACAAUAAUUUAUGGAACAGAAUUUCGAUUUUGGCGUACAAUUGCAGAAUAUUAUUAUGUUAAAAGCAAAUUGUCUCGAUCUUUGGCUAAUUUUCAAAGGGCUCUUUUAUUUGCUAAGGGGGAUAUUGAAUGGCUCCAAGCCACAACAAGUAUUGAAAAUUUAAAGACGAAUUUAUUUGAUGCCUGGCAUUGGCGAAUGAUAAAUGAUGGGAAAAGAAAUGCAAAAUUUGUUGAAGCGAUUAAUGGAGCACUUAAUGCAAAACAAGAUGCGAGAGUAAUUGACAUUGGAUGUGGCUCUGGAAUUUUUAGUAUUGCUGCGGCUAGGAAUGAUAAUUCUGUACAUGCUUGUGAUCUUGAUGAAACAAUGUGCAAAAUUGCUCGUAAUUGUUUUAUACAAAAUGAUGUCCGAGUCAAGCUUUUUGAAAUGCAUUCGAAUAAAUUAGCCGUCAAAAAACGUUAUAAUUUACUUGUUAGCGAAACUGUUGAUUGUGCAAUUUUUGGAGAAAGAAUUGUAGAAACGGUUUCUCUUCUUUUCUCACUUCUAGAGGCUGAAGCAAUUGAUCGCGAAAAUGUAUUUGAGUAUUCAGAUACAAUUACUUUUAUUUCUGACUGUUGUAAUGUUGAGGGAUCUGCUUCAAAAAAUAUUAAACGAAUUCUUCCUCCAUCGCCUUAUACUUGUUCAUAUAUUGAAGAAUUGAAAGACGGUUAUAGACUCUUAUCGCAACCAGUCGAAGGAAUUUCUGUUGACUUUAACGAUAUUACUCAAUUAAUGAAAAUUAAGAAUGGUCACUUUGUCGCUGAACUCACAUUAAAGGCAAACAAAACUGGAGUAGCUUCAGCUGUCUGUGCUUGGUUUAGAUUAAACCUUUUUGGCGAUAUUGAAAUUUGUACAUCGCCAGAUGAGGGAUAUUGCUGGCAGCAAGCCAUCUAUCCUUUUUAUCCGCAAACACUCGUAAAACAAGGAGAUGUACUUCGAUUUGAAAUUUUCAUUAAAGACAACGCCCUUCGAGUUCAUCCAAUUUCUGGUCUGUCACCUAUUCGUGAAUGUCAAAUUCUUCGAUUACCUCAAUGGGUGGAUUUAAUGGCAAUGAAUGAUUCGGUCGUUAGAACUUUUUAUUUCACCGCUGCAGCUCGAUAUUCUUCGGUGUUAGACUGUACAGAUCUACUCAUUGAUAAGCGUUUUUCUGUAGCUUCUGAAUAUUCUGCAAUUCGUUAUGUGGGAAAUAAAGCAACUUCUAUUGAAAAAGCAUUUUGCAGACCUGGCAGUGUCAUUCUUUUUUGGCCCUUCUCAAAUCAAGGUCGUUUUCUUGACGAAUAUCUUACCUCCAUAAUUGGCUUACGUCUUCGUAAUCCAAAAUCAAUAUUAGUUCCUGUUCAACUCAGCGUUAAUGGAUGUUUAAUUAACUCUAAUGAGCUUUGUAAACGAAGUAGAUUACUUCAAGACAAGCAAACUUAUUGUGGUAUUGAUUUGACUCCAAUGGAUGAUUACAGAGUACAAUAUUUUCAUGAGAUUGAAACGAAGACUUUUGAUUUUGAGCAAAUUUCGGAGGAUGUAGAAUUAUUUCGAAUGGAUUUUAGCAACUCGGUAUUUUUUAGAUUUUGA